CUUGAAGUUACCCGGACGCUCCCCGUGGUGUGAUCCUAAUGUCUGCCAAGUCCAAACGCUGCGUUUUGCACAGGAUGUGCGUAUGAAGUCUGAGAGUUUAAUCAGACAGCCAGAGAUCAGAUUCAUGUCAUGAAGCCGAAGUCUCUCUUCUGUGCUCCUGUCUUUGGCCACUCUGAUCGAUUCAAUCGUAACGCCGUCAGUGGCAGAUACAGGCGGCAUGUCGAUACCGGUGUUUCAGACCAGAGUCUCGCUCAACCGGAGGGGGAGGCCGAAGAUGUGCGACUCACUUUUCUGCCGGAGAGAUCCUACGAGCCCUUAGUGGAAGAAGGCAACCAACAAAAAAUAAAGCAGGAAAAGAAGGCCAAAAAGAAAGAAAAAUAUAAGAAAUACAGAAAGAACAUAGGAAAGGCUCUUCGCUACAGUUGGAAAUGUCUGAUGUUGGGGCUGCAGAAUGUCUCUGUGGGAUACUCCACCCCGCUUUCCGCUGCUGCAACAAUGGUUCCAGAUUUUCACCCGGGAGCAGCUUGGGGUUGAGAGAACCCCCAGUGACCAGAUUUGUACAUCGAUGACGGCUAAACCUGGACAUGUUAAUUUAGCAUUUUCAGAUAAUUAUACUGUAUUUUUCUGCCCUGGGCUGCCUCUCAAUCUGGAAAUUACUACAUAAAUCUGCUCUUUGGCUCUGUUUUAACAUGCAGGUUCCCUACAGAUUGAGAGGAUGAUGAGAUGCAUCUCAUUUUGCAAAAUUCAGAGGUUUUCUGAAUGUAUAAAAUAAAGUUUCUUGUAUUGUAUGACUAUGGAAAUAAGUUAUUGUAUUGUAUAGGCCUAUAACAACAGGGGAAUAAAGGGUAAAAAAUUCCACUGAUAUAAAAGAGGAUUUGCCUGAGUUAGAAGAAAAAUUGUAUGUUAUAAGCAAGGGCUGUAUAAAAAGUGUUUAAUGUACUGGGAGCAUUAAGUAAAUUAGAACCACAAGAGGAAAAGACCAGUUGGCAUAGACCCAAAAAGCUGUUGCGCCAAAAUCGUUUGAUAAGGCCAGUAAACCAGAAAUGGCAGUCAUGAUUGUGACAAGAUAAAAAUGAAUUUACAUAAAUCUGUAUGUUUUAUACCUGUGUGCUAUGUUAAAAAACUGUGUAAUAAAACCCAUCAACU